UUUCAGAUUUAUAAUUAUAUAUAAGAAUCAAUCAUUAUUCAAUUAUUCGUAUUCACAAAAUGAUUUGUUGCUGAAAAAUAUUUUUUAUUAGUGGAAAUUUCAACUUUUAUUACUAUUCGUAAGCUUUGGCCCAAAGCGGUAUUCCCUCUCUUAUGCUGCUUGCUGCUUACGUCUCAAAUCUGGCGUUAUUGUUCUUAAUUCCGAAAAAUCGGUUUGUUGUGCUGCGUGUCACUAUGGUUAAAUUGAUCGUUUCAGAAGCAUUUUAUGACUUCAUGCUGAUAUAGUUUAAAGUUCAUAAAUUAAAAUUUGUUUAACAAGUAAUGACAGUUUUAUCAAGUUAAUUUUAUAAGAAGAAAUUAAAGCUAGCAGUCUGAGAUUAAUUAAUUAAUUAAUUAAUUCGCAAUGACGCUAGCGUUGUCGAGAGUAGAUUAUACAACAGUAGGAGUUACCUCACGCGGCACAACUGUCAUAUUUCCAUCUAGUGAACCAACAAAGCAGCCACAAAAAUUUGCCGUUGCUGAUUAUGACGGCAUAAUACAUAUUUAUGGCAUGAAAAAGGGGGAGCUGCAAUUGUCAUUUAAAUCCUUACCCGGCCCAAAAAUCCAGAAAAUGGUCCUUGGUGGCUCGUUAGGUAUGUUAAGGGAUAAAAUUUUCAUUGCGUACGGCAGCUCCGUGAGAGGAUUCACGAAAAAGGGCAAGCUAUUCUUAGAAUUUGAUACCAGCCUCAUAGAUCCAAUUUCCGCACUAUACGUCCUCGGUCCUGAUCUUGCAGCGUGCGCUCGUGAUCUUUAUCACAGAUACAAAGACUGCAAAGACGCCGAUUCCUAUUUGGCCGGAGAAACGUUGCACGACGUCGCGCUCUUGCCAGGAGACAACAAUGCGGUGCACGCUAUUCUCGCUUGUGCAGACUGCGCGGUUCGUGUUUUACAUGGCACGAGAAGUCCAACAGUCCUGAGAUUACCAAGUGCUCCUACGGUGCUUUCUGUAUACAGGGAAGGAGAGAUAUACUCGAAGGAUCGCGUUUUGGUCGGCACCGCAGACGGUAGAAUCGGAUUGCUGAUUCUCCAAGGCAAUAAAACUCUCCGAAUCACCUGGCUGCUAACUUCAACAGGCGCAGGAAUCACUUCGUUGGAUACUCAUCAAUUGCAAGAUGAUGUAGACAUCCUUGUAGGUCGACAGGAUGGAGUCGUCGAAGUGUACACAUUUCCUGAUGAAGACGUAACGUCCACUCUGCGCUAUCAUUACAAUGCUGGCGAAAGUAUCAGUACAGUUGUGGGUGGAAUAAUUGGCGUCGCUAAUUAUCCUGAGGUUCUUGUUACAACUUACUCAGGUCGAGUAUUCGGAUUGACCACCAGUCCUCCCGGUCUGCUCGAGGCAGGACAAAGCGACGUUGGACUAGCCAGACUGAAACUGGAGAUACAACAAUUGCAGGAAAAACUCAACGAAGAGAAAGAAUCGUCCAAUUUCAUGCCGGAUCCUCUGGCACCCUUGAUACUGGCGGUGAAUCACAAGAUGAUUUUGAACAAGGAAGAUGCUUCGUACACGCUGUCUGUAGAAUUGGAUGCAUCGAUCGACAAUAUCCUGAUACAAUCCGAUACGCCCGUCGAUCUGCUGGAGACGGAAAAUAAUAGCGCGGUGGUCAGCUUGUCCGCUUGCGAUCCUAGAGAGGGCAAUUUCGUCCUUGCUACUUAUCGAUGCCAAAUUAACACAAACCGUCUGGAAAUGCGAUUGAGAUCCAUCGAAGGUCAAUCGGGCACAUUACAAGUCUACGUAACAUCCCAGGUACAACCAAAACGUUGCCGUAAAAUUUUAAUUCCCAUUUAUGCCUUGUCUCUGCACGUCAGGCAGCACGAUGAUGAUAACACUACGCAGUCCAGCGGUCCAUUUAAUGAAUUGAAAUUAAAUGGCAAUUUUACGAUUGCCGAGAUGCACGCGUGGCUUUCUCUGGCAUUACCAGACGUACCCGAAAGACCUCAUAUUCAUGAAGGUGAAGCUGUUUUAGUAUAUAUCUCAUCCUUUAUUGGAACGAUGCUUAAAUGCAAAUAUAAAAAAGGAAGCGCGCUGUUUCUCGGCGAAAAUAUAUCCAGCAUCAUAAUUCUGAGAGAUAUACUGACGAAGGAAGCGACAAAGCGAAAGAUGAAGCUGGAUGUAUUCUGUGAAGUGGCAGAAGGAAGCAUAUCCAGGGUUCUGGAAUUGAUUCUCCCGCGAUUGAGCGCAGCCUACGAUUUAAUUCAGAAGAUAAAAAUUUUGGACGCCCUCGAAGAGUGGGAACUCAAGUCCAAUCCGAAGGAAAAUUUGUGUUCCGAGUAUCAGGAAUUGUUGGAGAAGGAGACGGAAACCAGAUCGCUCAUGGCGAAGGACAGUGAAGUUCUAAACAGGCUGUAUGCAAUUAUUACUGACUUAUACGUAGACUGGGAACGAGCGAAGCGAUCUCGAAGGAUCAGUAGCAAAGAGGCUACGGCGAAGCUUAAAGAUGCCCUUGAAGCCAGAGAUUUAACUAAUAUCUUGCAAAUUUUCAUCGGCAAAGCAGACAUAACCGUGUCAACUCUGAUACCUGCGGCUAUUUAAAACAUUCAGAGAAAUAAAGUGGACCAAUAUAUUUGUAUAAACAUGUUCAAGUAAAAAAUAUAUUUUUUAACGAUAAUUCACAAUAUAUAAAUCGCUAAAUUGUUUAGACUUAAAAAUGUACAAUAUUAAUGUUAAUUACAAUCGCUCGUAUAUAUAAA